GAGAUUUCAGCCACUCCGCAUUUGAAGCGCACUUGCCACUGAAUCCCGCGACGCUCGACACUACAAAGUCCGCAUUCAUCUUCGAGGGUAUACAUAAAAAUGGCUUCCACGCGCCCGAUUGUAUUCAUGGACAUCAACAUUGGAGAGACCCCUGCGGGUCGCCUGAAGAUGGAACUGUUCAGCGAUAUUGUGCCUAAAACUGCUGAAAACUUCAGGCAGCUUUGUACAGGAGAGUACCGUGUGAACUCCCGACCACAAGGCUACAAGGGGGCAACUUUCCACAGAGUUGUACCGAACUUCAUGUGCCAAGGUGGAGACUUCAUGAAGGGUGACGGUACCGGCUCGUUUUCGAUCUACGGAGACAAGUUCCCAGAUGAGAACUUCCAAGAGAAGCAUACCGUACCUGGCUUGCUGUCUAUGGCGAACUCAGGCCCAAACACCAACGGUUGUCAGUUCUUCAUCACAACCGCCAAGUGCGACUUCCUGGACGGAAAGCACGUCGUAUUCGGCAAGGUCAUCGACGGCAUGCUGACGCUGCGGAAAAUCGAGAACGUCCCGACAGGACCAAACAACAGGCCGAAGCUAGCGGUGAAAAUAAUCGAGUGUGGAGAGAUGUGAACCCCUUGCUGAUUCGUACUCUGAGAUCACAAUGACGUCGUCCAAAAGACGUAAAGUCACGGAAACCCAGUAUUGCCCCCGGGGCUGAUGCAUGUACAGUCUUGUAGUAGUAAGUAAUUGACCUGUCUACUCUCUUGGCUCACAAGCCGUUCGCAUGAA